CCAGUGCCAUCACUCGGAUGAACUGGGUCGGUGAGCCUGCUCCCAGCGGCUCGGCUUCCGCGCCCAUCGGCAGCUAUUCCUACGCUGAGCUUCGCAUUGCAUUGCUGAAGCCAACGCAUGUCUUGACUCGGAACUGUGCCUGCACCUGCAAACGGACACCCGAGCCCUCGAAAUUCUCCUGUACAGUCGCGGUCUCCACCAAGAACUUGGGAUCCCGUGCAGGAGCGACGCCUUCACCGUGAAUCGUUAUCUUCCCGCCGCGCACCCCAGGAAAUACAUGGGCAGCGCCGGUGAAGACCUGCCCUACUGGCAGGUGAACGUUCCGGCACACCUAAGGACGGCCGAAUGCCCCGAGUUUCUCCGCGACCUCACGGAAAAGGACCGCGGCAUUAUUAGCACGCCGGACAGCGAGUACGAGGUCGACUCGUGGGCCGUGGUGCGGCAAAAGGUGGCGCAGAACCGGCUCGAUCUCUUCCAGAGGGUGCCGUCUGAUCUCCGCCGCUAUCUGGCCUUCACCUGGAAGCUCAGGCAGGACUAUGGCAGUGUCAUGAACUUCAUCCUAACCCAAAGGUUGCGGUGGACGCCGCCAAUCACGCCGAGGGGCCGGCCUUUCGAGUUUGACGACGACAUCAAGGUGCUAAGGAAUGACUGGCCGUACGGAAUCGACAAGCGCAUAGUGCACCUGGUCGUUUGGACCAAGUUCGCGCUCGAGGAAGACCCGGCCACCGGGGAUUUGACGGACAGGGCACGGGCCGAGAUCGACGCCUAUGUCCGCAAGGUUUUCUCCAAGAUGCCCUCGGAUCAUGUCAUCUGGUUCAAGAACUGGGCCUCCCUCAAAUCCGUAAAGGCGGUCGAGCACUUCCACGUAAUGCUCUUUGACCCGGACCCCGAGUUUGUCAACGAAAUUACGAAAGGCGACGUUCCGUUGUGCGAGAAAGAGUGAAUCAGAGUGGUGAUGCUCGGGGAAGAGGGGGCGGGCAGCUUGAAGCGACGCUGGACGCUGAAAUAGACCUUGAUUCCCUCAGUGCCAGACUUUAGGCUCUGCUGCCGCCUUCUCCCGUCUGAGAGACUCUGCGGUCGCCCUGACUUCUACGAUAGGACAAUCCGCCAA